AUGAAUUAUGAGACAACGGCGAAAUUGAUAUUGAAGCCAGAAGAGCCAAAAGCUUAUUUGGAUAUAGCUCUUCCCCAAAUGGAUUAUGUGUCAACAGCAAAGUUGCUAUCAAAGUUAAAAAAGCUAGAAGCUUAUUUUAAUAAAGUGGAUCAGGAACAACUCCUACGCAACUCUCUAAUUCUUGGUUCUGUAAAUAUCGUCCAUAAGCUGUUUAAAAAGGGAAUAAAGCAGCUAGCUGUCGAUGAAGAUGGGAAAACAACUUUGCAUUUGGCCGCUAUGUGCGAUGAUCAAAAGAAAGCAAUUAAAAUUAUUUAUGUCAUAAUAGGCGAAAUUUUUUCUCUGGAUGUUAAAACAAUGAUCGCCAAGCGCGACAAAGCAUAUAGGACUGUACUCCAUGACGCGGCUUUGAAAGGACAUAAGGAGCUUUGCCUAGGCCUUCUUAACAUUAAUUCUGAUCUAAUAUAUGCCAAAGAUAGAGACGGUCGAAACCCAUUAUACUGUUGA